AUGGCUUCCGCCUCAACAAUGGCCCUCUCUUCCCCUUCCUUCUCCGGCCAGCCGGUGAAGCUCUCUCAAUCCACCGCCCCCUCCAAAAAAAUCUUCCGAAGAAGCCCACGAAUCACUAUGAGGAAAACAACCUCAAAGCCCAAGCCCGCAGCUUCCUCCGGAAGCCCGUGGUACGGCCCGGACCGCGUCAAAUACCUCGGCCCAUUCUCCGGCGAGCCCCCGAGCUACCUCACCGGCGAAUUCCCCGGCGACUAUGGCUGGGACACCGCCGGCCUCUCGGCCGACCCCGAAACCUUCGCCAAGAAUCGAGAACUCGAGGUCAUCCACUCCAGGUGGGCCAUGCUCGGGGCCCUCGGCUGCGUUUUCCCCGAGCUCUUGGCCCGAAACGGAGUCAAAUUCGGCGAGGCCGUUUGGUUUAAAGCCGGGUCCCAAAUAUUCAGCGAUGGUGGGCUCGAUUAUUUGGGUAACCCGAGUUUGAUCCACGCGCAGAGCAUUUUGGCUAUUUGGGCCACGCAAGUUGUUUUGAUGGGCGCGGUUGAGGGCUACCGGAUUGCUGGUGGGCCUCUGGGUGAGGUUACUGACCCGUUGUAUCCGGGCGGGAGUUUUGACCCGUUGGGCUUGGCGGAUGACCCGGAAGCUUUUGCGGAGUUGAAAGUGAAGGAGUUGAAGAAUGGGAGGCUUGCUAUGUUUUCGAUGUUUGGGUUUUUUGUGCAGGCGAUUGUGACGGGAAAGGGCCCGUUGGAGAAUUUGGCGGAUCAUCUUGCGGAUCCGGUUAAUAAUAAUGCUUGGGCCUAUGCUACUAACUUUGUACCCGGGAAAUGA